AUGGAGAGCCAAGAGACAACGCGCCUAUUGUCCCCUCACGAUGACAAUACCUCUCGGAGAGCUACCUCCUACGCUCGAAGCGUCCUAUGUGUUAUUGCCAUACUCUUGGGUGCGUUUCUGGCCUCGGCGGACGAAUCUAUGAUGGUAUCCAUGUACAGCAUCGUCGGCUCCGAUCUCCGCAGCUUGCAAGAGGCAUCCUGGCUGCUGAUCAGCUACAACCUGGGCUACUCGAUAGCACUUCCAAUUUGUGGCAAGUUUGCCCAGAUCUACGGCCGCAAGCAUCCAUUGCUCGUUAUGUAUGCAUUGUUCGCCAUUGGCAAUCUCUGGGUUGGACUUUCUGGAUCCCUCUGGGUUGCGGUCGCCGGCCGAUUCGUCACCGGCCUUGGAGGCGCAGGCCUGAUUGGAAUCGUGUCAGUCAUCAUUACCGUCACGAACCUGGUUCCUUUUCAAAUCUACAGCCGGGCAGCCAGCAACACCGUAGCAGCGCUGCACAUGCUCCCUAAUACCUUUGGAAUCGCCGUCGGGGGUCUCAUUUCCGGCAUGAUGUUCACCAGAUAUCCUCGCUACAAACUACCCACCCUCAUCUUCGCCCCUGUCGGCAUUGCUGCAUACCUGGGCAUUGCACUGCGCUGGACUCAGAGCCCAGACGACAACAGUGGCGUCAGUGAGCUUCAGCGCCACCCCUCUGGGCUCUUAUUCCUCUUUGCACUCGGCAUAUCCUUCGGCUGGACGAUGUCGGCCCAGUUUGCCGGCAUGGCCCGUUCGACGCCACGGCGCUUCUCGGCUGAGGGAGUCACGGCUUACUAUCUCGCACAGCAGGUCGGCUGCGUUAUUGGGACCAAUACGGCUGCCAAACUCCUGCGGAACGUGUUUAAAGAGAAGCUUCAAAAUUCUCUACCUUCUGGGCGCGUGGAGGAUCCAGGGUGGAACAGGAAUGAGAUCAUCGAGGAGAUCAUCAAAGACGCAAGAUUCUACCAAGAGCUUCCAAAAAGCAUCAGCCUCAUUGUUCGCAAGUCGUAUCUUUCUGCGUUCCGAUACAUCCCGCUGCUUUCGAUUUGUGCUCAUGCCGCAGCGAUCUUCGUACAGCUUCUACUACCCGAGACCUAUGGUUACGAGUAA